AUGGCCGAACAACAAGCCCAAGCACCACAGCAAGAGCGAAUGAAAGCGCCCUUCCCAGGACCACCACCUUUCUACAAGUACUUCACCACCUCGAACCUCUCAAAACUGCGUGACCUACGGCAAAAUGCUGGAUUCUCAGAGAGCAGUGUUGCGACUAGUACUGGAGAUGGAGCCACAGGCUCGCAAGACGUAGACAUUUUAGCACUGCCAACCGAGCUUCGGUAUCUUCUCCCACCGCCUCCGCCAGUAGACGGCAAGUACAGUGCAUUCGGCUUCGAUAGAUCGCUACAUGCACCUCCACCGUCAUUGCAAGACGUCAGCAUCGAGCAGCUCUACCCAGAUCAUCCUGCGGUACGACUAAAUCCUCAGGCGCAUCUGAUCUCCUUGGCUCGAAGCCAGCUCACCACAUUCCUGAACCUGAUUGGUAAUCUCAGUCAAGACGCUACAGCAGGAUGGGAGUCGCCUACGAAGGAUCUGGAGAUCUUAACAUUCAACAUGCUUGAUCUGAUCAAUCAGUAUCGACCACACCAGGCAAGGGAGACGCUGAUCAUGAUGAUGGAGGAGAGACUGGACAGGAUGAAAAGCGAGACCAAGGCGAUUAGUGAGGUGAAGGCCAAAAUGACUGAUCUAGUGGGUGGUGGUGAGACACCAAAGGAUACUCAGAUGGAGGGGAUUGGUGAAUUAGAGCGAAAAUCAGAUCAAUUAGGUGAUGGGAAGAAGACAGCUCAGAGGGCAGCAUGGGCAAUCCUGUCUGGAGUAGAGCUCCCAUGA